UGUUUCCAUUGAUCCGCUUGCUUGACAACCCCGCUCUAUUUCCGAGGUGUGUUAGAGGAUAUUUAAAAACACGGCGGAUUUGGGGGAUUUCGAAAUAAACGAAACACGUAAAAAUAAACAACAGGAAAUACCCCGUGAGUACCAGGUUGUUCAUCUCGAAGGAAACGUAAACUACAUUGUCGUCUUCCCAAGUCUAUGAAUUGACCAGCAAUGCCUGAGGAAAAGAAGUGUUUUUUCACGGUGGCGGUGGCAGUUGGAAUACCCGCACUGCUUAUACUGAUUCUCAUACCAAUCAGUUUCUCGACAUUGGAAUAUUAUGAGAUGGGAUUUGAAAGACAGAAAUCAUCUGGAACCGUGGAUAAAUCGGAAGUAUACACCAACGGAAAAUACUUCGUUGGCCCAGAUGUAGAAUUCAAGGUUUUCAGUUCAGAUGCACAUUUCGUCACCUUAAAAGACAUUGCAAUUUUCACUGCUGAUAAGUUAGAGGUGAAAAUGACGGCAAAUUUACAGUACUUCCUCCGUGCAGAUGAGCUCGUCCUCCUGCACGACGCCUAUGACACAGACUAUCGGGACAUCGUUAAAAACAGCGCUCUGGACGCCGUCAAGGGCGCAACUACAGGGUAUAAUACUAGAGAAUUGAUCACAAACCGUAAGGUAAUGGAGGAGGCGGUGUAUAAAGCGGUACGUGACAGACUGGGAGGCACCUGCUGUAGGUCGGACUGUUCCUCCUACAAAUACGCUUGUCCUGCUGGAUGUAAACCGACAUCAACAUGCACUUCCGCUGACAAAGGAAUUUACGUAGACGUCAAGUACUUCCAGUUAGGAACGAUAACUAUCCCGAGUGACGUUCAGAGCCAGUACAUGAAGGCUUUAACGUUACAGGAGGAAGCCGAUAGAGAAAAACUUCUUCAGGACGCACAAGUUGUCAGGAAGAAUACUACGGCGAUGGUACAGGUAAUCAAGAACGAGGCUGCGGAAAUUCGAGAGAAUGGAACAGCCUAUGCCAAUCUCAUAACAGUGACGUCACAAGCUAAUUAUACGGCCACCCUGGAAACAGCUCGCGCUGACGGACUGAAGGGGGUCUUCACAUCCCUAGGGUUCACUCAACAGCAAUAUAAGAGCAGCUUUGACUACCUCAAAACGCUUCGUGGAAUGGACAAGGCGCAUCUUACUGUUGACUUCCAGCAAAGGAUUGUGGGGAAUUUAUAGCAUUAUAUUAGUAACAUAAAUGGUAUAACUUCGUUAAAUAUUUAUACUCCUUUUGUUAAAUAUACAAUGUAUUUUUGAGCAUGCCGUAAUACCUCAAACUCUAAAAAACUGAAAUAGAAAUGAAAUACUUACAAAAAAGUGAAUAAAUAUGACACAUUGAAUUUACUUAGAUGCUAUAUUUGACCAAUAAAAAUUGGAGUAAGCUUAUGAUUUAAUGAAGUUUUUAAUUUUUUUUCUUUGUGCCAAAAUUUACUUUUUCUCGACGCUUAGUGAUUGAAGUCACAAAUAUGCCAUCGUUUAACUUUGUUAAAUUUCACACAUUAUAAUACUCGUACAUCGAUUACAUCUUCGUCUUUAAGAUUGAUAUGAAUAUUCAAGAGAUUAUCAUAUUUUCAAAUCAAACACCUCAUUAAUUAUGUAUGCAGCUUCAAUUUAAAGUUAACAAUACAUGUGCAUGUACUUAUUACAUUUGCUUCUUUGUUAUUUAUAAAAAUAACUUAUUAUUAAAAUACAUAUAGCGAAGUUAUCUUUAUAUACUCUGUUUUACACCCCUAUUUUCACUAUGAAGAUGUAUUUUCAGAUUUUAGUGCCAUAACUUACAGUCACUAUACAUACCUUUAGCUGCUGUGAGAAUGCUGUGAUAACUCGAAUGACAAUUCUUUUUUUUUGUUUCUGCUCAAAAUUUUGAAUGUAUACCACCAGGAAGUAUUGCCUUUGUAAUGUUCUUUCUGUUUGUAUAUUUUAAAGGUUUAAUUUCACAUUGCUAAAAUAUAAAGUGAAGAUGGGAGAUAAAAAUACUAGUGUCUUAUACAUAGGUAUGGUAUUCAAAAAAUCAACGAAAAUACAUUAAAUGUUUCAAAGCUUUAAUACUUAAUUUAUUACCUAUUAGCUAGAAUGUAAAUUCCCUUCUUUUUUAAAAUGCACAUAAAAUUCCAAUUUCCAUAGCAACGGUCUAACAUUUCUAAAUGGUUUUAGAAAAAUCUUUAUACACUGAAAUUAAUAUACACUGUGGUUAAUGCCUCAUUUUCUGUUUAAAUAUUUUCAUAUACAUGUUUUCAUUUGGACUGUUUUGUAAAAUGUCAAGAUUGUUUUUAUGAAGAUUUAGACACACUUCAUUUAAAUGUACAAUUGUCUUUCUUUAGUAUAUUUAUAGUAACCUGUUUAACCAUUUCUAUGUAACAUUUAUCUGUUGUUGACAAUCUAAAGCUGAAUUCAUUAAUUUUGAAUAAAAGCUUUUCAUUCA